UGCUCGUUUGUCGUAACGCCUUGCGAGCGGGCGAAUUGUUUUUUUGGUUCUUCCAUUCUUCGGCGGGAAAAGCUGCUGCGUGAGGACAAAAUUGGGAAAGUGACAGGACGUUCCUACUUGCUCAGGAAAGAGUUCUUUAAUUCCCUCCACUGGGAAGCUCGCCGAGCAGGCAUUUUUGCAUCUGGGAAAGGAGAGCCAUCCCUUUUUGCUGCCUUCUCUUUCCUGUGCUACAAGGCUACGGCAAAUCGCAGACCUGGAGUGAUGAAUGGGACUCUGAUUGCCGGUACACCCAUUGCGGUGGAUUUUUGGAAUAUCAGGAAAGCUGGGCAGGCUCGCUUGUUCUUUCUUUCUCAUAUGCACAGUGACCAUACUGUGGGGCUUUCUAGCACCUGGAACCAACCAGUUUAUUGUUCACCUGUUUCUGGUCAAAUUCUACAUCUCAGGCUGAAGGUAGCUAAGCAGUGGAUCCGUCCUUUGGAAGUGGGAGAUAGCCAUAUUGUGGCUUUGGAUGAGAUGGGCAGAGAGACCAUGACAGUGACCUUGAUAGAUGCUAACCAUUGCCCCGGAUCUGUCAUGUUCCUUUUUGAAGGGUACUUUGGUGUCAUUCUCUACACAGGUGAUUUUCGUUACACUCCUAACAUGCAGCAGGAGCCAGUUCUGAAGAACUCAAAGCUUAUCAAUUUCCUCUAUCUGGACAAUACCAACUGUCAUCCUGAAGUUGUCUUACCAUCCCGGCAACAGGCCACUGAGCAAAUCAAAAGGGUGAUCAGGAGUCACCCUGAUCAUCAGGUGAAGAUUGGUAUAUACAGCUUGGGAAAGGAGUCACUUUUGGUGGAACUGGCCCAAGAAUUUCAUACAUGGAUUGUAGUGAGUCCCCAGAAGUUGGAGCUUAUGCAACUGUUGGAAAUGGAGGAUGUUUUCACUUCUGAAGAAGGAGCUGGAUGGAUUCAUGCUGUGGAUUUUUCAGAAAUCUGCAAAGAAACAAUAACCAACUGGAAUCGGAGUCAUCCAACUAUAGCUAUUCUCCCUACCAGCAGACCAGUGAAAAUCAAACACCCUAAUAUAUAUGUUGUUCCUUAUUCUGACCACUCAUCUUUCCAAGAGCUGUUGGAAUUUGUAGCUUGGUUAAAGCCCUGCUCCAUUAUCCCUGUGGUGAAGAAGGAGGCAUGUCAGGUAUAUUUUCAGCAAUAUUUGACAUCUGAAAACUAUUCACUUCUGGAGUCUAAAGUUCCUGAAUCGGUUAAACGAGUCACGCAAAACAAGAAGAGAGAAAAGCCGAUAAAACUACUAAAAUUGGCAACCACUCAUCAUGUUCCAAAGGGAGUUUGCUUUGACUCUCCAGAAAAAUGUACUAGACAGAACAAGUAUUACCCUGACCCAGAAAUUUCCCAGCAGUGCUGCCCGGAAUCCACUAACAGAACUGUGCCUUAUUGUAGACAAGAACAGUGUGCUUGGUCUGCACAAUGUAAAGAGAAAAAGGAAGAAAUAACAGUAGAACCAACAAACCUUGAGAACCAGAGAGUACUAUCUGUAGUAGAGUCAGAAAACAUGUUUUCUACCAAACAUCAGCUGAAGGACAAUGUUGUCAAUCAACUUAAAAAGUGUCAGACUGCUGCAACACCAGCAUGCACAUGCACUUUUUCCAGGGACAGAAAGGAUGUGAGGUCCACUCUAGAAAAAGUUCCUCCUUCCUCUGUAGACAGUGACUGUCUUUGUCAACUAGUCUUCAACAAUGAUAUCUUCUCAACAGCAUCACAGACUGAUCAGAUUCACAGAGUGGCCAGUCAACAGGCUGUAAAAGACUUUUUUCAGGAAUAUGAUUUAUCUCCACUAAACACCCCAAAGCAAAGGUCCCUAGAAAACUUUGAUUGGCAAGUAGAGAGCUACAUAAAAAGAGGAAGAAUAUCAAUGUGCACAGAGUAGUGUAAACUUGCCCUCUGGACAAAAACUUACAGGAAAAAGCAAAACUUCUGAUCAAGUGCCAAAAGAAGGUAGCUAUGGAAUAAUAAUCUGAUUUUCAAGUGGGGUAUAUCUGCGUCCUUCCCGAUUUAUCUGUUAAAAUAGAUCCCAUCAAAUAAUUACUUUGACAAAAAAGUGAAUCUUCAGUAUUAACAGCUUGUCUCCAUUCACUUUUUGGAAGGUUCUCUCCUAUCUUUUAGGGCUGCUUACUGGUAUCAAUUCAGUUGAUAAAUCACAGACCCCUAAAUAUGUAAGUUUGCCUGCAUAAUAGGUUUUUUUUUUAACUGAAGGGCAAUCUGUCCUUUCAUGAGUUACUCACUACUGAAAUCUUUCCUGUGAAUUAAAGGCAAUCAUUUGAUCGUUGUCUCUUUAACAAUAUUCCUGAGAAAGGAAGCAUAUAUGGUUUGUCAGGGAUAUAUUUUUUACUAGUAAUGUUUUAAAAUGAAAAAUAACUUUCCCUUGUGCUUUUUAAGAAGAACCAAACAGGAGGCUUGUGUUGAUCAAACUGACUCUUCAUGAAAAACUGCCUCUGAAUUAAAUGAUUUAUAGUAUACUGCUAGUAUUUAAAUGUUAAAAUAAAUACAUUAAUUUCUCUCAACACAACAGGGGACUGACACUGUUAUUUUAUUCAAAAGUUUUUAUUGCUUAUAAUGAACAUUUACUAAAGCCAGUGCUGAGUUGUGUCAGUUCUCCAGAUCUCUAGGUAUACUUUUGAAUAUUAAAGCAGCAAUAUUGUAGUUAAUUUCCAUAGUCUUACACAUAAUACUGUAGCUGUAAUAACUUUUCUCUUCCUCAGAUGCUGCUGCCACCAGAGACAAAACACAAACCAUCAGAUUUAUUCCUACAGAUUCUGGGUUUAGAGGGUUUUUAAAAAAAAAAAAAUCACAUAAUUAUAGACUGGAGCUUGAUGAGAUAGUUAUUGCUAAGUUUUCCUGAGUUAUAUCCAGUUAUGAUUUGUGCAGCUGCUUUCAGAUAGCAAAAGUUAGAGAAACAAUGCAUCGAUUGAUGAUAUAAUUGUAUUAUCCUAAGUCCAUUAGAAAGUGCCAGUGUUACAACUUCUAUUCCAUUUAGUAAAAUUGUUCCCCGAUCACAGCAUCCAAGGGACAGGGACACAGCCGUUUUGCAGCAAGCUCCAUUAAACUCUCUUGGUUUUUACAUAUGCACAGAGCAGAGCUACAAGGCUAAGAAUAAUAAGAAAGGUGGCUAGUUUCUUUUAUUGGCAGCCUGCAUUUCUUAUUGUACAACAUGGGCCAUCAGAAUGUAUGAAAAGUUUAUCUUUUCAUUCAGGCUAGCAUGUAGAAAGGGAGCAGGAGAUGCUGCUAGUGUGUAACAAUAAGUGAGCAUGUGAAGAGUUUGUUGUAGCUUUUGUUACUUCAUUCAUGUCUCAAACAUGUCUAUUAUACAAGAAACAGGAUCCUGUAUAAACUUAAUGAGCCUACCAGUUCAGCCGAUCUGGUCCACAAAGCCUCAGAUGACACCCCUCUUCCAUAUUUUACCCUUUACUCACAGCUUUACAAAAACAAACAUCAAGUGACCUUGACUCCUGUAUAAGAAAUCAAUGAAUUAUAUUAGGAGGUAGGGAUUUUGAGGAGGAGUGGAGUCUCCUAAAGCUCCAUACUCUGUCAUUAUUCUACCCUCUUGGGCUGGUGAGGGGGACAGAUCUCCCUGGAUCAGUUCCAGUUUCUCCCUGUCACUUUUCCUGCUUUAGUUAAAUCCUAAGGGAAGGUUUAAUGGGCAAAUUUUUGCUUCUAUGUGUAAGAUUGCACUCCCAAAUUUUGGCAGGAAAUUGCACAUUUCCUCCCAAUAUUAAGAAUGGAAAUGGGAAUUCUCUUUUUUCCUCAAGCACUUUCAAUCCUCAAAGCCUUUGGGGGUCUUUUUUGGCCCAAAUUCAGCCUGAAAAUGGUGAUUUCAAGAUUUUUUAAGGGUGGAAAUGUAAGCAAAAGAUCUCUGGCACCCAUUCCCACCCUUAGAAUCCUGGAAAAAAGAAAGAAAAUGAGCUCCCCAAAUUCAGCCCCUUCCAUUGUUUGUAAUCAGUGCAUCACUAGUUGUUUUCUUGCCACGCUCUGGAAAGUUGGGAGGCUGAGCUCCAGCCUGCCCCUCCUCAUAUUGCCUGCUCUACCUUACAGCACUAACGUAAGCUUAAAAACACAACUGAAAGGAAUUCUAAAGCAUUUGGGGGAUGAGAUGGAAGACCAGGAAAUUUUUUUGGCCAAAGAAACUGACAUGAAAUGGGAAGAUAGAUUUUAGCACUGUUGGUCAACAGUGUUGGUUUCUGGGUAAGAGUAUUUAUUGUUUGAAUGAGAUUUGGCUCUGGUCAGGCUAAUGCACUUAUGAAAUUAGAGAUGAUAUGGGAGUGAGAUCCAUAGCAGCAAUUUUCAGCCAUAGUGUUCCUGUUACAGUUUUUAGCCAAAUGGAACACAGCAUGAAUGUUCACUAGUAAAUGAAAAUACUUCCCAGGGCACAGCUAACAGGGAGAGGCCUGUUGCACAAGAUAGUUAGAUGUGUU